AACAAAAUAAAUAACUAUAAAGAUAAGAACACCAACUUUAUGUGGUUUGGUUAAGAAUUAUUUAUAUCCAUAGUGAAGGAGGCAAAAAUAUUCACUAUUAAAAUAUAUGAAAGAGUAAAAAAUAAGAGGAAUAUCAAAGCAAAUAUCAAAUCCUCCUCAUAGAAAACUAGCAAGGAGGAGGAGAUCAAAUCCGACUAAAACAAAGAGAGCAAGUUCCUUAUGAAGGAAACUGUUAGGAAACACUUGAAGAUCUCAAGCGAAACCUAACAAUCUUGACAACAAUAGCGAGAACGAUUAAUCAAUACAAAGGAAAAACAAAAAAAAAUAGUAGUUUUUAUUGGAAUAAUCAAACUAACGGAAAGAAAAUAACAAUAUACAAUUGAUCCACUAUUCGAGAGGAGGAUCUAUCUCUUCCAAAUCUCUAGACACCGCUAGAGCCCAAAAACCUAAACUUAAGAGUUCUCAACUUUCAGCCAAAUUCAAGAUGUCCUAACCCUAGGAAAACAAACUAUUUAAUAAAUACAAUCCAAAAGGAAAUCUCUAAAUAGUCCUACAUUCAAAUUUUCCUCCAAACUCCCUCAAAAAUCUUUCCUAAACAGCUUUUCUGUAAUCGGCAGCUCGUUUGGCAGGUACAGGAGAGGCAGAACUUCCGCCUCUAUUCCGCCUGGGCCGGUCCCGUGUGGAUCAGCUGGACUGGUCCAAUGGAUCGGUCUAACAUAAACCUUAUGAGAACCUAACAAGAAAAUGUUAAAAGUAACUCUCAUAAUUACCAAAAUCUAUAAUAGUUCUCCUUCUCCAAACAUUACUCUUUUUCUCUCUUUCUGUCAGCCAACUGUUUGAUUGCUAUAAGAAAACCACUGGCUGCCAAGAAGAUGAAGUUGCAUCUUAGAAGAUGAUACCUUCGGUGUCUACUUAUUGCUGAGAAAGGCAAUGCCCCGACUAGUGACAACAACAACAACAACAUCAAGCUUUUGUCCCGACUAGUGAAAGUAUGAAAAAUAUAGAAUCUAUGCUAAGAAUCACCAAAACUCCUUAACCUCCUCCUCACCCAAAGGGCAUCAACAACUACUCAAAUCAAUCAAGUUCAAACAUUGCCUCAACUUGAGAACAAUGAUCAUCUUAAUAAGCAUGUCGACAGAAUUAUUCUUUGCGUGGUGGAUCUUUUGAAUUGGAAUUGCACCACAUUCAAUGUUUUCUCUAAUGAAGUGAUAUAAAACAUUAAUAUACUUAGUUCUCUCAGGAUAUAUCAAGUAUUUGGCUAAGUGAAUAACAAUUUCACUUUCAAAUAAAAAGAGUGAAUAACAAUUUAAUUGUCACAUAACAUACUAGAAGAAUAUUUGUGUAAACCCAAGUCUUCAAAACCUCUCAACUAAAUAGCUUAUUUAAUAACUUUAGCAAGUCUAAUAUACUUGAUCUGUUUAGCGGAUAAAGCAAUUGUAGGUUGAAGACAACCCGCCCUUCCAACUAAUGAUGCACACAAAGUGAUUAAAGAUGUAUCCAGUUUGAGUUAUAUUCAUGUCAAGAUUACUAAUCUGAUCAAUUAAAAAAAAAAUCCUAUAAUGAAAUCAUAUCUAUCCAUGGUAUAUACCAAUUUGUAACAUGUAGCACAUUUAAUAUAACUCAAAGUGCAUUUAAUCUUAAUAAGCUCGAUCAAGCUUGUCCAUGUAUUUGGUUAUGACAUUGACAAAAUGUGAAUUACAGACUUGUUAUGAUGAGGAUAUAAUAUUAUAGUAUAUGAAUUUCAUAAUAUAUCCAUUAUGAUCAUUCUAUCAACUCAUAUUAGUAUCGCAGCAGUUAUAUCAAAUUGCUACAAUUCUUACAAUAAUUGAAGACAACAGUUUUAACUUGAUCUCAUCAAUCGAUCAUCUUUUUUACUGGACAGCACAACACAGCAUUAUACAGCACAAUAAAUGACAAAACUGCUAAACAGAAAGCUAAAAAGACUGAUAUUUCUGCUAUCUUGCAGAUACAAUUUAGUUGCAGUAUGAGUUUGCUUGACGGCAUCGUUUUACUGAAUAAAUAUUUCAUUAUUUCCUUUCCGCUCUGUCAGCUGCGUCCAGUAGUUGAAACAGGUUAUGAAAAUUUGUUGCUCGUCAGAUUGCUAUUGGAGAUUCAAAAACCAUUUGUUCGUAAAUCUUCUGUUGCAGAGGGACUAACUGUUGAAACUAUUUUGGAGAAGUGGUCAGAAUUGAAACCUGUCAUUAUGAAAGAAUGGGAUGAGGAGAGUAGAGAGUUGAUCACUUUAUUUGGAAAUGUUCGUGAUGAAUGGAUGGAUAAGGAUCUAUCAGGUUGGAUUGAUGCUAACAGAUUUUAUCCAGGAAUAGCAGAUGCCUUAAGAUUUGCGAGCUCUGCAGUUUAUAUUGUCACAACAAAACAGAGCCGAUUUGCUGACGCAUUAUUAAGGAAACUAGCAGGAGUAACUAUUCCAGCUGAGAGAAUUUAUGGGUUGGGGACAGGCCCAAAGGUUGAGGUGUUAAAGAAGCUGCAAGCAAUGCCAGAGCAUCAGAGCUUAAAGCUUCAUUUUGUAGAAGAUCGUCUUACAACUCUAAAAAAUGUCAUUAAAGAGACGGCAUUGGAUGGAUGGAACUUAUAUCUAGGAAGAUGGGGGUACAAUACUGAGAAGGAGAGGGAAGAAGCAAAAAGCAUCUCUCGAAUUCAGCUGCUGGAUCUUUCAGAUUUCAGCAGCAAGUUGAAAUAAGCUCUUAAUUAUUGAAUUUAACAGUAUAUGGGUCUCAAGCAACUGUUUUUUUCCAAAAAAUUAAUAAAAAUGUUAUUUGUAAUUGUUCAUGGACAGUCGGAUGAAAAAUUAUUAUGUACGGAGACCGAGUACAAAACAUCGUCCGGAUAUCAACCAGAAUGCACCACGUUAGUGAUGCCAAGCCGUAGUACCAAGCGAAAAGGUGAUGAGGCAGAUUCUAGUUAAUUUGCGGACAACGUUUGGCAUUCGCACAUAAUAAUUAAUUCAGACAGAGAGUUGGUUGCUUGUCGUUA